CGCAAAUACAACCUCCCUUAGCAGGCGACAAACAUCGUGUGGAUUUACUGCUUAUAGUCUACUUGUUGACGUUCGUGAUUUGUGAAAAACAGGGAAGGAUGGCCCAUCGAAUCGGCAGCAAACGUUUAUCUGUUCGAGUAUACCAUGAAGAUGAUGCUAAAAAUACACUUGGAAAGGAGAGUAGCUAAUAAACUACAAUCUCACAGGCGACAUAAGGGUUGGCGUUCCUGUCUUGAGUCUGUCCCCACGAAACACGGAUGCAAGAAUGAAGGCGUACGGAUCCAAAUUUAGGCAAUAACUCUCUUCCAAGGUUGUGUCUUAGACACGUUCAACAAUACUCUUUUGGUCUUCUCUACAAAGAAAGCACUAUAAGAGAUGAUUAAAACUGGCUCUCGUUCCACCACCUCCCUACCACCGGAGCCAGUGGAAAUUAUCCGGAGUAAAACAUGCUCCCGCCGGGUGAGACUGAAUGUUGGUGGACUCCUACAUGAGGUGCUAUGGAGAACGCUGGACCGGCUACCUCGAACAAGACUCGGUAAAUUACGAGACUGCAACAAUCAUGAAUCCAUAAUGGAGGUAUGCGAUGACUAUAACCUGGACGAUAAUGAGUACUUCUUUGACAGACAUCCAGGGGCCUUCACGUCCAUUCUGAAUUUCUAUCGUACGGGAAAGUUGCACAUGAUGGAGGAAAUGUGCGCUCUCUCAUUCAGCCAAGAACUGGACUUCUGGGGUAUAGAUGAAAUUUACCUGGAGUCCUGCUGCCAGGCUCGGUACCACCAGAAGAAAGAGCAGAUGAACGAGGAGUUGAAGCGAGAGGCUGAAACCAUGAGGGAGAGGGAGGGUGAAGAGUUCGACAAUACCUGCUGCAUGGAGAAGCGCAAGAAACUCUGGGAUCUUUUAGAAAAGCCCAACUCAUCCUUCGCAGCAAAGAUUCUGGCUAUCAUCUCAAUUCUGUUUAUUGUGCUGUCCACCAUCGCUCUGUCACUUAACACCCUGCCAGAGCUGCAGGACAUAGACGAGUUUGGACAAGCAACCGACAACCCUCAGCUGGCCCACGUAGAAGCUGUCUGUAUUGCAUGGUUUACCAUGGAAUAUCUUCUUCGCUUCCUGUCCUCACCCAAUAAAUGGAAAUUCUUCAAAGGCCCUCUCAAUGUGAUUGACCUGCUAGCCAUCCUUCCAUACUAUGUCACCAUCUUUCUGACUGAGUCCAACAAAAGUGUGCUGCAGUUCCAGAAUGUGCGGCGAGUGGUGCAAAUUUUUCGAAUCAUGCGAAUUUUGAGAAUACUCAAACUGGCACGCCACUCAACUGGGCUACAGUCACUGGGAUUCACUUUACGGCGCAGUUACAAUGAACUGGGCCUGCUAAUCCUCUUCUUAGCCAUGGGCAUCAUGAUCUUCUCUAGUUUGGUCUUCUUUGCAGAAAAAGAUGAAGAAGACACAAAGUUCAAGAGCAUCCCAGCUUCCUUCUGGUGGGCCACCAUUACCAUGACUACUGUAGGAUAUGGAGACAUUUACCCUAAGACUUUAUUAGGCAAGAUUGUUGGUGGACUCUGCUGCAUUGCAGGAGUGCUGGUCAUUGCCCUACCCAUUCCCAUCAUUGUAAACAAUUUCUCUGAGUUCUAUAAGGAGCAGAAGAGACAGGAGAAAGCCAUCAAGAGACGAGAGGCUCUGGAAAGAGCCAAGAGAAAUGGCAGUAUAGUGUCUAUGAACAUAAAGGAUGCAUUUGUUCGAAACACAGAGCUCAUGGAUGUGGUAGUGAUGGAAAAGACAGAAGAAAACAUUGUGAAGAAAGAGAAAGUGCAGGACAACUGUCACACAUCACCUGCACACUGGAAAUGGACACCCAAACGCACCAUUUCAGAAACCAGUUCCAACAAGUCUUUCCCAGGAAAGGAGCAGGGAUCUCCUGUUAGACCCACCAGUCCAACCAGCCCGCAACACCUCAAUGUCCAAAAUCUGGAGGAAAUGUACAGCAAGAUGGCCAAGACCCAGUCCCAGCCUGACCUGAACAGUAAAGAGCGGAGCCUGUUCUUUAAGGCAGCCAAGAGGAGGGAUGAAAUGGAAAUGAUGAGUAUAUCUGGUCAGACACCCACCACAGCUGAUGGUGUAAUGGAUAUGAGAAGCAUGUCAAGUAUUGAUAGCUUUAUUAGCUGUGCUACAGACUUUCUGGAGGGUUCAAGAUUCUUACAUAGUCCCAUCUCAAACCAACCAAGCCGAGUCAGCGCUAAUCCGGGAUUGGAGACAACCCUUGAAGAUGAGUGCAUGAAGAGUCCUGUUGGUCCACCCAAGCCUGGACGAGCCCUGUUUGCUGACAGCCCCCAAGGAUUUCGCAUCAGCAAUCCUCUCAAGACAAGGUCCCAAAAGGUCAACUUCUUCUCAGGAGAAACCACAGACCUUGCUGCAGGCGUGGCUAAGGUCUUAGGAUCUGAUGGUGUCUCAGACAAUUCUGCUAUGUCUGAUCACUCCAUUAUGAGCCCAGAACUGUCUGUCUAUACCACUGCCAGCAGCAAGACUCCGCCGAAGACUCCUGAGACAGUAGUGCCAACAGUUUUCACAUUUCAUGAUGCAUCAAUCAGUAAGUAUAUUGAUGCAGAUACUGAUGAUGACGAGCAUCUUCAUGAUGGACAUGGUACUAGUCCCUCAGAUCGUCUGUUGGGUAAUGCCAGCCCCAAACUCAGCAACAGCUCUAGAGCAAACCACUUAGAGCUAUCUCAGACGAUGUUGGGCCAAAGUAGUCUGUUCUCAUUGGAGGGACAGCCAGGGAGUGGACAAGAGAACCAUGUGCUUUCAGGAGACAUAGGAUGCUCUAAAACAAUAAAUGAAAAUAAUUAAAAACAGCGAAUGUAGCCUAUGACAACUGGAAUUAUCAAUGGUGAGAAGGGUAAUAUAGAACACUGGUAAUAUAGAACUAAUCUAAAUCAGAGCAAAACACACCAUAAGAGCUGAAUUUCUAUGAAUAUAGAGCACUCACUAGACACUAUAGGAGAAAAUGUUCAAAUCGGUUUGCUGCUUGAUUCAGCAAAGACCUCUGAAAUAGCAACAGGCUUCAGAGGAUAUUUGGUAGGGGUAGAACUUAGUGUCUAAGUAUGGUUGACACUGGCAUGGUUGAUGGUUGACAUUUUCCAAGCCCAACCCCAACUGUUUGCAAACCCCUCUGUAGAAUUAGAUAUUAACUGAAGCCAUUUUGUGCAAUUACGAUUUUCACAAGUUUUUCCAAGUAUGAUUCUUCCUCAAAACUGGCCUUAGUUUUAUGCAUCAACAGUAUGUGUUGUCUUUGCAAGUGUGGGUGUGUGUGUUUAGGCAAGAGAGAGUGCAUGAGACAGAAUGAGAAAGAUAUAGAGAGACCAAAAAUAGUGAAAGAGAAUGUGUGAACAGCUGACAUCAGUGUCCCAACAGACAUAUUGUCUUGUGUGUAUAGAUGCACUGUUUUCAAUACAAUCUUUUUUCUAAAAUGGCAAUUGAAAUAUUUAAGUUUGUUUGAUUUCCUCCUUUGCCCAUUGUCGUGUGACCAUUCCUCUGUGGAAAUAAUAUGCAACUGCAGUGAUUUAAGUGGAUACAGCCACUGUGAUUCACUGCCUUUGGUCAAAUCAUGUUGCAACUCACUCUCAGUAUUCUUAUGUUUCUUGUCAGAUUUGCAUGUAAUAUCAUGCUUAAGAAAUUAUUUUCAAUUUUUGUUUUAUUUGAUUUAUUAAGUUGGUAAUAUGACUGUGGAGCUCAACUGGCAUGCUUAAAAAAGGCUCUGACAUGGUCUACAGCACUCAACACAGAUGUGCUCCUUGAUGAUUGACCAUUUGCCAAUUCACAUGGAGCACAAACAACUAUUUGAUUCCCAAACUUGAAAGGAAAGCACUGAACAUCCUUUUUUAGGUUUGAAAAGUAAAGUUGAUACAAAAGGACAAUGCUGGUAGUGAAAAAUAGAUAUAAAUUAUAGAUAGAUUCUUUAGUUCUGGUGAAAUACAAUACACUUUGUUGCAGAUAAAAACAAUGAAGGAUUCUAAAAUGUAUAUUUUUAAAAUAUUUUCUAAAGAAUGGAAAUUAGAUGAAUAAAUUAUGCUAAUCUCUUAGUUUUACAAUUAAUAUAAAUAGUAUGAAAUAUUUAUUUUAAAGGAUUGUAUUUACUAGAUAAUUUGGUGAGACGACCUCUUUGUAUUGUUUGUUACUGUCUCCUAGUCUAUGUAUAUGUUGUGAAAUACUUCUGUCCUUUUCUUAAUUUGUCCUUUGUAAAAAUGCAUAAAUGGAGCCAAAGACUUGUUCACUAAUAUGGCUGACACAAAUUAUCCCCUUAGUAAUCUUUGGUAAAAUCAGGGCAAGACUGAACAGACCUUAAGGUUAAACUCUGGAACACACAAAGACUAUAUUUUAGGGAUAUUUUUAACAAUUUUUAUAUUUUUGUUUACCUUACAACAAUUAAUGACUGCUACAAAUAAGGAAUUAUUUGCCAUGCAUAAUCUAUAAAACAUUCAACAAAACAGGACAGGGGUUACUUACAUACUCAGAGGCACAGCACAAUUCACAUGUCAGAUCUGCAGCAAAUACUUCCCUGCCUUAGAUAAUUAAUAAUCUAUUCUGAAUGCUAGACAUGUAUACCAACAGAGAUAAAAGGCAAGGCCAUUUGCUGUGUUAGAAGCCAUAAUACACAGAAAUAUAACAACAUGCAAGUAAAAUCAACACUGUACAGACACAGACACAAUGUGGCCAUUUAUAUUCAUUAAAACUACCUUGAUAACAUGAGAUGCAGUAGACAACUGCAACUUAAUCAACUUAAAUGCACACCAGGAAAAGAGCCCUCUCAACACUGCAGCUAUCUUAGUGUCCUACCUGCCGCAGUGAGUGACAGAUUCAGGUCACAUCCAUCUCUUCUUAUCGAUCCAGCCCCCUUGUGUUCCCCUUCACAUGAAAGAUUAACUGCCACACAUAGUAAAGCCAUUAGCAUGGGUGCUAAUUGCUAAUAUGUUAACCAACAACCCGGCCACAGGUUGGGUGCAUGAUCAAUAGCUUAACUCAUCACUUGCUUUUUUAGAUGGUUUUGCCUAAGCUGUAUCUCUGUCAACACACUGAAAGCAUUUCAUAUGCAGAGGUCAUUAUGAAAAUGUCAGAAUCUACUUGUACAUGAGGCAGACUCAAAAUAGGACGGACUUUCAAAAGAAGGUUAAAAUUAUUUAGAUGACGCUGUCCUGUUUUCUUUUCUGGAUGUUGGUGUUUUUACAUUAAAAGAGGUAGAUAAUUUGUCCAUGUUUAUAUUGUCUGCUAGUGUCUCUCUACCUCUCUCUGUCCUGUGUCCUGAACAUUUGUUCUGGUAAAACUGUUUGUCCAAGGACCAAGAGUGUCUAAAUGAAAGGUAAACAAGUUCAGCGAGGAAUAAAAACACAGAAAACCAGGCUGAAUGUGUUGUGCUGUGAGAGUAUGAAGUGUACAGA